UUUUUUAAGGUCAAGUUUAGCAUUUUAAACUGCAUGUGAUCCCAUUUAUUUAACAAUAAGCUUAACCGUUGAUAAGUAAACUAGACCUAUAUUCAAUAUCCGUUUUAAUUUAAUACAAUUUUUAGUAAAAAAAAGUCACCAAAAAUGACAGAAAGUGGGCUCCAAAAGUCACCAAAAGUCACUGAUUUUUGGAAAGGAAGACCAGUAGACACCCUGCUAUGGGGCCCAGCCUCCCCCACGUCACUCAAGACCGCAACUCGAGGCUAGACCGGAACAAGCAGCCAGGCGGGACGGGCGGUAUGCGGACAGAAGGGCGAGUGGCAGCAGGCCACCGCGGUGUCAAUAUUGCACCUCUGAGCAAUACCACUGGCACGUGGACUGUCCGACACGGGAACAAGUGUGGCGGAAGAUGGAGGCCGAGGGACGCCGGCCGGGAAACUUCCAGUAGGGGGCAGCGAUUUAGUCGGCCACUGUCCCCAACGCACCCGCCCGACGAUCACGAAUCAGUCACUGUCGGCGGACAGAGAGAGGGGUCGCCGACAGGAAUCUUCAGCCAGAUUCACGGGGAACAGGACGAACGGGCAAACGUCAUCAGAGGUCGCGACGUCAUCCGCAGCACAUCAGGGUGUACCAACACAGCUGGCACCACCAGACGUCAGCGGCGGGCCGAUACCAGCAGUCGCCGGCAUCACGUCAUCGGCCGGCGCGGCCGAACCCACCCGGCCGCCAGUCGCCCCGGCAGCCCCCACAGCGAACUGGGCCGCACCUGUCUGCCUGGGACGGCUGGGGGAAGACGAGGCUGCUCUGCUCCGAGUCCCGGUGCUCCUGAACGGGCACCCCGUCCAUGCUCUGGUGGACACGGCGGCGAGCCACUCGUACGUCGCUGCUCACCUGGUGCCGGAGGGGAACUGGAGCAGUACGAGGGGACCGUCCUACUGGCCACCGAGGGGACCAGCGCGCCCACCUCUGGGCGCGCCCAGUACACAGAGGAGGAAAUAGAGUGGUAUGGCCUGACCAUGUUUGAAGCCAUCAAGAAGCAAAUGAACCUAGAAGCAGAGUUGUUCAAGCCAAAGCCUCUGAAGCACCUGUACAGAGCACAACUGCUGCAGAAGCUACGAGACGGCACAAUACCAGAGGUUGUGGACACCCCUGAGCAGUCGGAGUCUUGGUUUUCCAAGAUGAACCCCUUCAAAGAAAAGGAUUCGUCACAUGCCCAUCCUUCAUAACUUUGUUCAAAAUGGAAAGUGGUUUAGAUUUUUUAUUUUAUUUUGAUUUCAGUUUGUUAAUGUACUUGUUAUUGUAUUCUGUUUUUAAAAACUUAAAAAGUUAUGAAUGUGUAUUUAUUUUUAUUUUGAAACCACUUAUGUUUUGCCCAGCUGAAUAUUGAUUACUUUUACCUAAUAUUUUCUUUUUAAGCAGUAAAUAUAAGUUAUUUAUUGCUUGUGUAAUAUGUAUUUUCUGAUUGCUUAUCAUUAAAGUUGGGACAGUACCAUUA